ACACACAUGCAAGCACAUCAACAGCAUACUUUUUUAAUAACAGUUACCUUGAUAUACAAACUCGACGACCUCGUAUAGACUACGAAAAUCGAAGCUGACGUAGACUUACACCGCAAACCUGUUUGUAGUUAGUCUCAGGAAGUUUAGUGACUUCCAUCAAUGUACAAGCAAGUUGGGUGCUUGUUCAUCUUACAAUGUUAGAUGUUGAUAUUUUAUGGAGGUCAGUCGGUAAUAUGAAUGCGACGUCUAUUAAGAACUUUCACACUCUAACGUACGAUCUAGAAGAAACAGAAGCUGAAGAAACUAUUAUUGGUGGGAGUUCCACAGGACAAUUGCAUAAUACUCUGGACAAUAAUCUUAAUCCUCAUUCGGUUAAAAAAAAUCACGAUGAUAAAGAAAAAAGGCAACCAAACUAUCGGCCAAGUUCAACAGAAGAGUCGAAACAAAACUUUACAACUGAGCUUGUGAAUAAAUCUAAUGAGGGACAGUGGAAUUUAAUUAAAGUUCGUGUAGGUUUUGAUGUUACACGUAAAGGUGAAAGAAGUCUAGUUAUCAAUGGAUAUAAAUUUACAAAAUCAAGAGAUGGUAUGGGUGAUCGUGUAUUUUGGCGAUGUUCUCGUCGUGAAUGCAAAGCUACAGCAGUUACUGUUUCAAAUAAAGUAGAGCAUAUACGAUCGAUUCAUUCUCAUUUGCCACCAGUAGCUGCAGAAUUUUUUUCUGAAGAUUCUUCUCGUUGUGAACAAGAAGUGCGAUUUAACAAUUUAGUCUAUACUCAACGUUCUCGCAUUCGUAGACGUAGCCAACCGAGUCCUUCUAUGAAACUAUCAAAACAAUCAGUAACGAAAUCCUGUUUUCUUGAACAAAUAAAAGAAUUAGCCAACACAACUUCAUGUUCUGUAUCAUCAAACGCAGUUUCGUAUAAAAACUAUUCUUCAAACCUAAGAAGUAUGGAUUGUUCAAAUGAUUUAUGCAUUGAUUCAAGUGAAUAUGCAUCUCCUAUAAAGAAAAGACAUUGUUCUGAUCAAGACCUAUCUGAUUACUCAACUUUACAAACAAUGUCUGCUCUUUUAACUAAAUGGGUCGAUUCGAAACAAGUGAAUAUAGGAAACGACGAGGCAAAAGAAGAUCUCUCUAAUAUUUCAAAAUGUAUUUUACCUCCAAAGAAAUUGUCAAAUAAUAUCUUGACUAGUGAAGAAUACCAGUUAUUCAAUAGUAAUUCAGUUUUAGAUGUAAAUAAUUCUUCGAACGUUUAUGAGGAUUCCUUGUCAAAAGUAUCAAAAUCAGAAAGUUUCAAAAAAUUAACUACCCUGGCCACUUCAUCGAACAGUAUUUAUAAUCAUAGUUCAGAAAAUGAUUUAAUAGGAAUAAAUAAAACCUCUCAGAUCAUCACACGGAAAGGUACUACUGCUGAUGAAGACGAUAGUAAUCGAGACUUUAUAAAUGAUAAUUCACAAAGAAAUUCCAUAAUUAAUAAUAUGUCAAAAACUCAGCAAUCUGAUAUAAGUUCACCUUCAAUAGACGUCAGUUCUCUUGAACACAACUGUCAACGUCAAAUUAUUCUCCUUAAUAACGAACAAUUGAAUGAAUUACUAAAAAUAAUAAAUUACAGUCGAUUCAACAAUACGCCAAUCCAAAGUGAAUCUAUGAAUUCACCUUCUUUACAAACAUCAAGUUUAGUCAAUGACAGUUUGCUUAAUUCUGUCGGGUUGUUCACAGCAUCCGAUCCUAAUUUAACUGGAGGUUUAGCACAGUGCACUACUACUUAUUGCUGUUCAUAUUACCCAAGACUUAACAGUAGAGUUGUGAAUCGCAAUAAUGAUUGUUGUCUACCAUCAUUUCAUCAUAUUUCCAGUUCUACAAACCUAAAUUCAAAUCCAAUUGUAUGUUCUUCUUUCAACAAUUGUUCGAAUAAUUUAUUCAAUAAAAUUUCCAAAUCAAUGGCAGUCAGUGAGAGUAAUAUUGAUGGCUGUGACACUCAUGUAAAUGGUCACAAAUCAUCAUCUCCGAACUUUCUAAUUCAUUGGAAAAAGGAGAAAAUACGUGAAUCUGUUGAAGAAGACGGAGUCAAUUCGUUGAAUGGAUUCUAUGAUAAUAAUGAUACAUUUUCACAUCAACUCUAUCAAGAUAAAGAUCAUAAUAAUAAAUUGGAAAUGGUAGAUAAUUACCAAAUAUCGGUUAAUAAUACUCCUAUGACGAAUUAUUCAUCACAGUUACUUUCUCAUGGUCAGAGGGACAGAUAUGUGAAUUCCGAUCAUUCGUGUACACUUAAUUUGAUUUUUCAACCAUAGUUUCUUAAUUAUUCUGUCUUACCACUCACAGGAAGCGUGUUUUGUGAUCAAGAACGCAGGUGGGGACUACCAUUGUAUUUCAAUAAUAAAUUACAGAAUAUCUUGGUAAAAUAUAAGAACCAUUCACUGAAUACUUUAUUUGCAAAUUUCCAUCAUUUGUUCUCAACAUUCUGUAUGAUUCUUCAAGUUCACAAUUCCUUUCUAUUUCCAUUUAUAUUCUCUUCAACUCGAACUUCUCAAGCUUCUGCUGCCAGGUUUUCUACUUCCGGUUGGUGGUAUAUAAUAUUUAUAUCUGUCGAUUAAGUAACACGCCGCAUGUGUAUCUGGAUCUGAAUACACAAACACGGAACAUUAACAGUAACUUAAAGUACUCAGUUUAAAUUAAACAGCUACAUUACUUUUCAUUUAACUUUAUUUAUCAUCCCCAAAAGGUACUUUGGUUCGAUUUUUAUUCGAUGUACACUUCAACUUCCUACAAAUAAGCGAAUUAUUGAUGGUAUUUUUUUACCAUUUAUCAAAACAAAAAUGAUUCUUUUAUGUUGCUGUGUUCAUUUUGAAAAUUUAGGUAUGAAUAAUAAGUUUUCCAGUUACAAUACAUUCAGUUCAAAUUCAAGGACUACAAAUACUACUAAUAGUUAUGAUAGCAGUAGCAAUAGUAGCGCACGUGAAUUAAUUCAAAGUCAAUCUGAAAUUACCAUUCAGUCAUCAGACGAUGACCAAUUUUUAUAUAAUCAAAUCCAAGAUGGUAUUCUCAUGAAAAUACUUAAUACAGUACAACAAUUAACCGCUAAACUUGAUGCAGAUGCUGAUCCCCCUGAAGUAAUUCAAAAUUGUCGAGCUAUUCAAGCUUGCCUAGAUACAAUUACUGCUAUAAAAAGAGCCAAAUCAAAUCAGUUCUUUAUUGAUAAACAAGAUGAAACACGUCCAACUAAUACACUUGAAGAGUCAAAUGAUAAUUUACAACCCAGAGAAUUCACCUCUAAGAAUCAAGAAAAUUUCCAACUGUUUUCGCCUAAUUUCAUUCAAUCAUAAUCGUUCUUCUGCUUGUUGCCGUUGCUGGUAGUCAGAAGUAUUAAUAGUUGUAAUACUCAUAACAAACAGUAAUUUCUUUGCUAACCGGGUUAGUUUUUCUAUAGAAACAGAAAAGAUUCAUUUUUUUUACACAAAAGUAAAUAAUGUCACAUUUCUAAAGGAAUUAAGGUUAUUUUCGUAGUUAUUUUUCUGUGGAAGGUUUUUCUAUGCUUUAUUACGUUUAUGAUUCUGUGCAUUACUUGGAUACAUUAGCUAUUAUUUACACUAUUCCCAAUUCAUAUUCAAUCUUUGAGUUCUUCCAAUAAAAUAGUUUUUAUGUUAUGUUGUAUCAGUCAUUAAAAUUUUAAAAAAAGUUAGAUAUCAUAAUUCAUUUUUAGUCGCAUUUCAUAUAAUUACAAGAUUUUAGUAUUUUAUUCCUUAAGGAGUAUGUCAAUACAUUGAACACUGAAUGAUAUUAAAUCAAUAGACACUUCAUUCAUCUUUACUAGUUCCGAUUUUUUUUCUGUUAUUACGUAUUCUUGAUGUGUACAACAUAAAUAUUAUACUAUUUUUUACAGUUUUCUGCAUCAUAAUAAUUUUCAUAUUUGUAUUUUAAUGAAUAAUUUCUUUUCUUGAAAUCGUGUUACAUACAAGUUACAUACUAACAAGUAAACCUUUAAACAUAACUUUCCUCAUAGUAAAAUUCAUCGAAAAUACAAGAAAUGAUCCGAUAUUAGUCUCAGUACAUCAAUCGGAAUGCUCAAUUAUGAAGCAGAAGUCAAUCGACGAAGUUUUGCAGUUCAGACAAAAAAGCCUGCACCAUCAUCAUACGAAAAUUAUUCAGAUUACUACCAUUUUUUCGUCUCCAUCUAGUUCAAUCCAAAAGAACUGAAAACAACUAGUCAUAGUGUGAAUAAUACGAACUUGUAUGAAGGUGGUGUGACGAAUUUCACUGAAAUAAGAGACAUUGAUCUACUGAGUUAGUGGUCGUCAAUGAUUAGAUUUACCUUUCAUUGAUUUCUGGUAUUUGGAAGGUUUCAUUGUACAAUCUGUCAAGACAUUACUAGCUAAACAUUUGUCAACCCGUUAUUUUAUAGUCUUUACUUUUGACAAGAAUUUGACCUCUUAGAAACAAUUCGAAAUAUCCUCGUAGUAAUCAGAGCGUCAAAGUCAAUGAUGCCAUGCAUUUCAAACUACGUAAGGCCAAAUGACGAUGUAUGAAUAACUCAGAAGUGAAUAAUUAUUCAGUGCUAAUAAACAAAGAUACAUUUACAGCGUUAAUGUUAGAUAUUCAAAUGUAUCUGAAAGAUAGUAUAUAUACGACAGAAAUAAUUGAACAAAAGAAUAAAUACUAAAUAGUUUAUUCUGUUAUUACUCCAUAAUUCGACAGAAAAAUCUAUGACUUUAUUAAUUUCAUAAACAAACAUAAAACUGGCAAAUUUUACAACUUAUCAUUUCGUUUGAAUUUAUGAACUAAUCUAUCCACUGUUCCAACAAUACGUUUUUCACUUAUAGACGUUAAGAACUCAUUUUAUUCGCAUAGGAUGAUUUGAAGCCAUUAUAAUUAGAUGUGAAAUUAAGAUAAUUUUAAUUAUGUACAUAAUGUAAUUCUCAUCCGGUGAAUUGCAUUUAGGUGUUUGUCGAUCAAAGAAUCGAUACGAACAUAUCUUGUACACCACAGUACAUAUAAUUUGAAAUAUCAAGGUACAGUUCAUACCCAGUAGACUAUGUUGAAAUAGAUCAGAUGAAUUCUUGAUAUAUCAAAGAAAUCGAUUAGAUCCAUCAGAAGAAUUAUGAAGUUCACAAUUACACUCACAACCACUAGAAGUUCAGUAGGCAUUAUGAACAAAGUAUGUGUUAACUUAUUGUUGUUUUAUAGGAGUGAAUUAAAGGUUAGUAUUUGAAUAAUCUCAAAGUACUUGAUAAACGAGUUGAUAUUUAGUCAAACUAAUUUCAUUGUGAUUAGGUAGACGGCUAGCAUUUCAUUGUAUUACCUUAUUGCUAUCGUAUUUUACUUGGACUCCAUUUCUAAUGAAUACAGACAUAAAUGAAUCGUAUUAUUUGAACAAUCCUAUCCGUUGUAAUUGAGUCAAAAAAUAUCCCGUUCAUAAAGACCUAUCCUAAAUCAUUCACUUCAAUCGUUCAUUUGAUCAUACCUCAGUAACAUCCAAUUUCUUAUCGCCGUCAGUAAUCUGAAUCAGUAGUCUGUUUUUCAUAUCCCAUUCUCUAAUGAUUGAUCGGACAGGUUUAUCUGAGGUUAAUUGGAAGCUUAAGUCGCAAUACAAAAUUGGCCAAUUGAGACUAUAACUCGAUUAUCUUACAAAUAGAGUAAUCAGUUUACGACCAUCACACUUAAGGAUGAAUUUCCCGGCUAGUUGUUCUGUAGUGAACAAGAACACAAGUGAGGAUAAUCGAAUGUGAUUAAGUACAAAAUUACAGAACGUCUUAGUAAAGUGUGAGAACCAUAGAGUAAAUACUUCAUUUGCAAAAUAUCAGUCAACCGUCUCAGACUUCGUUUCCACACCAAUCAUCCUGUUCUCAUUCUUUUCUUUGAUCUUCUUAACCGUCUGCCACCAAGCAUUUCACUUCCGAUUGAUGAUAUAUCAUACUCAUAUCAGCCGACAUCAGUAGCACACACCACAGUUCCAUUAAAUUCAAGGAUCUUGAGUUAUUGGAAAUCAGGUAGAGAUAAGUGUAAUAGACCAUGCUGUAUUUUCACAUCCAUGUAAGCUCUGCUAACUAACCUCUUCAUAUUCUCGGUAGUUGAUUUUUGAAAUAUGAACAGGAUUUUUGAUAAACAUAACUUCGUCAUAAUUAGGUAGUUCAUAUGAAAUAGUCCAGCUGAGUUUGCUUCCCAACUUCAGAAUGCCACUUAUCAUAUUCAGGAAAUACAGAAAUGAAAUAAAUAUUAGUCUGCAUAAAUUGCGCAUCCCAAUUAUAAUACGGUAUAUUUCGUGAUGCAUCCUUAUAACAACCUUGUGGAGUUCGAUUAUAGAAAUAUUUAUUUAAUUGUGGCAUGAUGCUUCAGAUUAAAAGUCACCUAUGAGGAUAAGGUGUCGUCAAACUAUGAAUAUCUUCAGCAAAUGCAGCAUCACUUGCCCUUCGGUUACGCUCGUUUCCACCAAGAGGCCAUCAAACACGGUCUGAUUAAAAAUGUACUAACCCGCCAAAAAUGCGAAGUAAAUUGUGAGAUCGUAUUAACCUCAUCACCUCAACAGGUUUUCUUUACUGAAAACGAAACAAGGCCCCGAAGGUUAGGUUUUUGAUUAUAAAUUGGGGGGAGAUUAUAAAAACUGAAGUACGGUUCGUGACUUAAUGUUUGAGAAAAUGCUGAAGAAGUGAUAACUCCCAAAAAUAUUAUGGGCUAUUUAUUAUUCAUACCUUUAUUCCAUAAUUACUAAGUAAAUGCACUACCAUGUUUCUAUAUUACGUUUAUUGAUCCUUCUUGUUUCUCUAACCAUUACACUACGUCUCAUUAUUUCUAGUUGAUUGCUUAUCUGUUUGCCCGGUCUAACUGCCAUUUCUCAUGAUGUAUAACUAUGAUUUUCUAUUUUAUAAUGUGAUUUAUUUCGGCAUCGUAAUAUCAACCCAUAUUUGCUUGGAACAAACGAGAACUGGACCUUAGCUGCAAUUUCAUCUUUUCGUAUUGGUUGGGAAUAGGAAAAGCUGAGCGAAUCUGCAAACCAAUAGAGGCGAAACUUGCAUUAUCUCAAGGUUAAUUUUGUCGGUCAGAUCGCAUCACUCGUUAUGACUAAGGAUGCUAGGUUACAGCUCAAAUAUUAUAUGCGGAGCCAGAACCCUGAUUUGCGAAUUUAGGAAAUGAUACCGAAUAACGUAUGUCAUAUUUAAUAUGUAAUAGUACUCAGGCAACGUAUAUGUAACUCCUCGAAUAAAUGGAACCUACCAAAACUAACCAUUCACAAAUCCUAAAUAUAGGAUAAAUAGUAAAUAUUUCAAAUCAGUAACCGUAGUUUUCGGCAAACAUGUGAGUUGAAUGUAUUAUCAGUUUAUAAACAUUUUGUUGCAGGAAAACGUGAAUACAAAACAAAUUUACGACUGAUAGAAAUUAGGUUACAUUUAUUUUGCCUUUGUCGUACAUUUUUAGCACUAAAGGAAUAUUCGUAACAAGCAUAUAUAGAGCCAAAAUUUACUUCCGUUAGUUUUAUUUUCAUAAACUAAAACUAGAAAGUCUGCUAUACCACAGAAACACUACAAAUUCCCUAAGUAUUGUCAUUACUGUGAAUCUAUAUUUUGGUAUGCUCGUAUUAUAACUUAUUUUGUAGACGCCUAGACACUCAACCGGGCGCUUGAAAAAAACAGACCAUAUCUAUCUGCCAUAUUAAUAUAUGGUUCCCCCCCCCCGACGCUAUGAACAGUACGCUAUGUAUGUCUGCUUGUUCUACCAACCCAUGCAAACUGGGUGAUAUAGAGCAACUCUUUCGAAUUUUAUAUUGUACCAUUAAUAAUUUAGACUUUCGUAGUUGAUCUCUGACAUUUACGUUGGCUGACGAAAGGUGGUUCAGCAGAGUUGGGGAAACGUAUUAUUUAAGGAAGAUAGCAACUGUAUUAAGAUCAACUAGAAAAACCUACUGACUGAAGGAACAGGUAUGUAUAACACUGAUGAACCUUAACGCUACUGUACUGCAUAUUUUCAAAUAGCAUCUGAAGAAAAUCACUAGCAACCACAUUUGUAGUAAUACAUUACUUUUUCACGAAACCAUACUGCUGUCCAAUCGGACAAAUCUAAGUUCCGAGGAAUAUGUAUAAGCUGUAAUCACAACUCGUGACCCGUUGAUUUGAUUUAACAUUUUCCAUCAAGUUCAACUAUACCAAAACGUGUAAAUACUCGCACUGUUUUAGUUUUUAAAUGACAAGAAAUCUCCGUAUAUGACAACAUAAACUUAUAAUCAUCUGUUUAGCAUAGCAGACAAUUAUGUGACUGUUGAAGAAAUUUCAGUUCCAUCCUAGUUAUUUGUACUUAGUAAUAAAGCUAAUUUAUACUCAGACUGUAGCCCUUUUAGGGUUACUGCUGGUCCCGAUCUCGGGUAAAGUAGGAUCGGGUAAAGGGUCAGGAAACUAAUCCUGUAGGGAACACUCUUGCUAAAAAAUACUUACCAGGAAAAAACCAAUCAAACCGUCCAAACACUGCCUUGAGAGUUAAAGGAUCUUAAUUCAGAAUUAUGAUGCCUCAUGGUGAAAGCCGAAAUUAUUCGGAAGUUGCGAGGCUGAUGCCCUCCUCUAACAAACAGAGCAACAAUUAGAAUAAGUUCACGUAAUAACUGGAGAAUGUGAGACCGGAAGGAACAAAUUCCUGCAGAAAUGAGAUACUCGGUGGUUCUUGGAAUAAGUUAAACUCAUUGUACCCAAGCUGGACAGAAAGGGUUAGAUUUGGGGGGAAUUGUUGUACUCUGAUUAUGGAGAAAGUGCUUUAUAUAAACGAGUUGCACCGAUUAUAUCCAAAGAAACACGAUAUGCAUUUACGGUGUGGGAAUCUUAUCGAUCCAGAAUCAAAGCACUCUUCAAAACAAAUGAGAGAAUCAGAAUGAAUGUUAUCAAGUGUUAUGCACUUACCAAUGAUAGCAACGAAGACGGUAAAGAUCAGUCUUACGAAGCUGC